AUGGAAGACAACGUCGGUUCAAUUCGGGGAAACGCCGCAUAUCCGCUGCUGUCUAGUGAACCAUCACGCUUCUUGACUUUUUAUGACUGGCCAAAACAGCUAAAACAAAAACCUAAACAAUUGGCUGAAGCUGGAUUUUUUUACAUUAAAUUAAGUGAUCGCGUUAUUUGCUUCAGCUGUGGUGGUGGCAUACAUGCUUGGGAGGACGAGGAUGAUCCGUGGGAGCAACACGGAAUAUAUUAUGGAAGAUGUGAAUAUCUUCGGCUUAUGAAAGGAGAACGCUACCACGACGAAGUAAUGACGAAAUCUUUAAUAAAGGAUUUUGGUCUUUUAUUGACUGAAGACGAUCUACCGAAUGGUUCGCAGCUUUCGGAAGCAUUAAGGUCAGCGACGGGCAAUCUUUCAGUGAGCGAACCAUCACCAAAUGCUGUAACAACAACGACGAAUGAUGCGGCUGAAAAGACGCUAAAUUUAGAAAAUAAAAACGAUGAGAGCAAAAAAACAUGCAGAAUUUGCUAUGAAUGUGAAUACGAUUGCGCAUUUCUACCAUGCGGCCAUGUCGCCGCGAAAAAUGUUGAAGAUCGUAUUGUGCAGCUGAAUAUGAUCGAGGGUACGCACAAUGGAGCUAAUAGAAAUUACAAGAAUAAUAUUUUGGGAAUUUCCGAGAAACAUUUCUGGCCACAAAUCAGAAAGGAUUGUAAACAAUACGCGG